CUUGAGACCGGAAGUAGCUCCUCGCAAACGUGCGGAUGGUUUCCUGUUGAAGGGAAGGAGAUAUCGACGCAGACAUGUUUCGAAGAAAACUGACGGCAUUAGAUUAUCACAACCCUGGAGAAUUUGACUGCACAGAUGAGAGCCAGUUCAGGAACUGCAUCGUGUGGUUGGAGGACCAGAAAAUCCGACAUUACAAAAUUGAAGACAGAGGAAAUCUCCGAGACGUCCCCGGCUCGGACUGGCCAGCAGCUUACAACCAAUACCUGCAGGACUUGAACUGUCCUUUUGGAGCGUCUGAGAGAGCAGAGGCUGUGGACUGGCUGCUGGGCCUGGCUGUUCGAUAUGAAUAUGGAGACAAUGUGAACAAGUACAAGAACUGUCCACCACUGGAACCCUCCGCCAACGUCAGAGCGGCGUCAGACCCUCUUGUCAACCUGGACACUGACUCGCCAGAUUUUAAAGCCGGCGUCAUGGCCCUGGCCAACAUUCUUAAGAUCCAGCGACAUGACGACUACCUGGUGAUGCUCAAAGCCGUUCGCAUCCUCAUCCAGGAGAGACUUUCCCCAGAAGCCAUCGCUAAAGCCAGCCAGAGCAAAGAGGGAGUACCGGUGGCUUUAGACAAACACGUCUUGGGUUUUGAUACAGGAGACUCCACAUUGAAUGAAGCGGCUCAGAUCUUGCGUCUGCUGCACAUCGAGGAGCUGCGGGAACUUCAGACAAAAAUCAACGAAGCUAUCGUCGCGGUCCAGGCCGUCAUCGCUGACCCAAAAACGGACCACAGGCUGGGCAAAGUCGGCAGAUGAAGCCCACGAGAAAGUUGUGGUGGACUGAAGUCAUUUUCUUGCGUAUGUGCAACAACGUUUUCACUCACAAAGUGACGCUCUUGACAAAUAUCCGAAUACUGCUCAGUCGUUUGGUACUUGUAGUGAAAUUGAAAAUAAAUUGAGUCAAGUAGCAAA